GCUGUGACGUAAGGGCUGGAGUUUGGAGAGAGUAAGAGGAGGGACUGCACUGCACGAACUUCUAAUCCGUUACCCCGGGAAAACAACGACAGUAUUUAGCUGACAAUCCCGAGCCUACUGGAACACCGGGGCUACCGGCACAACUUGGACCACGGGAUUAACGAUUAGGUCUAUAACGCGAUGAGGUUCUCUAGGGGACAUGUAUCCGUUUCUCUGGCGCUUCUGCACUUGUUAGAAUGGAGUUUCAUAUUAGCUUUCAACCUGGAUACCAAUAACAUUCUGAGGAAAGACGGAGAAGCAGGCAGUUUAUUUGGAUUCUCUCUUGCCAUGCAUCGGCAACUUAAUCCCGACAAAAGAAUAUUAUUGAUUGGUGCUCCCCGAGCUAAAGGUCUAGCCUACCAGAAGUCUAACAGGACAGGAGGCCUGUACAGCUGUGACAUCACCGACCAAUCCGACGACUGCGAGCGUAUUGACUUCGACAACGAAGAGGACAGUCUGACGGAGAACAAGGAGGACCAGUGGAUGGGAGUGACUGUCCAGAGCCAGGGACCUGGGGGGAAGGUCGUGACGUGCGCCCAUCGCUACCAGAGACGUCUGUUCGUCAACACUCCCCAGGAGUCCCGUGACAUCACGGGCCGCUGCUACGUCCUGAGCCAGGACCUCACGGUCGACACCUCGUCAGACGAGGAUGGAGGGAACUGGAAGUUCUGUGAGGGGCGCGCCCGAGGCCACGAGAGAUUCGGCUCCUGCCAGCAGGGGCUGGCGGCCACCUUUACCAGGGACUACCAUUACCUGGUGUUCGGAGCACCAGGGGCCUACAACUGGAAAGGCAUCGUACGCGUAGAGCAAAAAAACAACACUUUGUUGGAAAUGGGCUUUUAUGAUGACGGCCCCUUCGAAGUUGGAGAUGAGAACCUGCUGGACCCUGAUCUGGUGCCAGUCCCUGCUAACAGCUACUUAGGAUUCUCCCUUGACUCUGGUCACAGCAUCACUAAGGGGCGUGGCCUGACUGUGGUGGCCGGGGCCCCGAGAGCCAAUCACUGUGGGGCUGUGGUCCUGCUGAGGAAGGAGAACGAGGCGUCGACACGGCUGUCCCCGGAGCACAUUCUUGAAGGCCCGGGGCUGGCGUCCUCGUUUGGAUAUGAUGUUGCUGUGGUCGACCUGAACGGAGAUGGGUGGCAGGAUAUCGUCGUGGGAGCCCCUCAGUUCUUCAUGAAGGAAGGGGAUGUGGGAGGGGCCGUCUAUGUGUACAUCAACCAGGCUGGACGGUGGAACAACGUCACCCCGGUCCGCCUCAACGGAACCAAAGACUCCAUGUUUGGACUGGCCGUGGAAAACAUCGGUGACAUCAACCAAGACGCCUAUGAAGACAUUGCUGUUGGAGCUCCGUAUGAUGAUGCAGGGGCAGGGAAGGUUUACAUUUACCAUGGUUCUGCUAAAGGAAUCCACACGAAGCCCUCACAGAUCCUCCAGGGGAAACGCCACAGCGUCAGAAUGUUUGGAUACUCUCUGGCCGGGAACGUGGACUUGGAUCAGAACUCCUACCCGGACCUGGCUGUAGGGUCUCUCUCUGACACGGCGCUCAUUUACAGGUCAAGGCCAGUUAUUAACAUCAAGUUGGAGGUGAAAAUUACUCCUAAAGAAAUCGACCUCACCAAGAAGACAUGUGGAAACAAUAUUUGCUUGAAUGUGGAGGCGUGCUUCACCUACAAAUGCAACCCAGCUUCCUACAGCCCCAAACUGACAAUCAGCUACGCCUUUGAGGCGGAGGCCGAUCGGAGGAAGCAGGGGCUGCUCUCUAGGGUGGUGUUCCUGAACAAGUCAGGUUCAGACCAGGACCACCAGUCCACUGGAACCCUGGACCUCCGUGGACAGAACAAGAGAGCGUGCGUUAAGACCAAAGUCAAACUUCAGGAGAACAUCAGAGAUAAGCUGCGCGCUAUUCCAAUCGAGGUGUCCGUGGCCAUUCAGGGUGCCAAGCGCCACAAAAGACAGGACAAUCUACCCCCUCUGGUGCCUAUUCUGGACUCCUCUCAGUCCAACAAGGUCCUUUCUGAGGUCAACUUUUUGAAGGAGGGAUGUGGGAAGGAUAAUAUCUGCCAGAGUAACUUACAGUUGCAGUACAGAUUCUGCUACAGAGAGACCAACCAAGAUGUCUUCCCUCCAUUGCCUGUGGAGAAUGGCCUGCCGGUGGUCUCUCUGAGCGACCAGAAGGACAUCGCUCUGGAGGUGACCGUCCAGAACAGGCACGGGGACGACGCGCACGAGGCCAAGCUGAUUGGCCGCUUCCCCAACGCCCUGUCCUACUCCGGCCUGCGAGCGCAGAAGAGCACUAGGGAAAAGCCGCUGAUCUGUUUCGCCAAUCAGAACGGCUCCCAAGCCGAGUGCGACCUGGGGAACCCCUUCAAAAGAGACUCGGAGGUGACAUUCUACAUCAUCUUAAGUACUGCAGGAAUCUCCCUUAACACCACAGAGAUUGAGAUCGACCUGCAGCUUCAGACGACCAGCACACAGGAAAAUAUGGUGACAGUAAAAGCCAAAGCAAAAGUGGUGAUUGAGUUGUUACUCUCAGUGGCAGGGGUGGCCAAACCCUCACAAGUGUAUUUCGGGGGUGAAGUGAAAGGAGAGAGUGCUAUCAAGACAGAGGAGGAGAUAGGAAGCUUGAUAGACUACGAAUUCAGGAUCAUCAACCUGGGGAAGCCGCUGAAGUCGUUUGGCACGGCGUCGCUGAACAUCCAGUGGCCCAAAGAGAACGUGGACGGCAAGUGGCUCCUGUACCUGGUGAAGAUCAGCAGCAGCGGUCUGGAGGAGAUCCGCUGCUCCCCCGAGAGGGAGAUCAACUCUGUCAAACACAUUCAGGGGUCAAACUCGUCCCGGCAAAAGCGUGAUGCUGGGGGAAGAAAAAUAUCUUUGUUGACCGACAAAAGGAAACACAAAAUAUUGAUGUGUGGCAAUGGCUACGAUGCCAAAUGUGUGGUGAUCAAGUGCCCCCUACAGGGCUUGGACACUACUGCAGUUAUCGCUUUAAGGUCUCGUCUGUGGAAUUCCACAUUCAUUGAGAAUUAUGCAUACUACAACUACCUCGACAUCAUAGUGAAAGCGUCACUCAGCCUGGACGCUCCUGUAAAGAACAUGGUACUGAAGAACGCAGAGACGCAGGUGAGAGUGACCGUGUUCCCAGAGAAGACUGUGGCCCAGUACGGAGGGGUACCCUGGUGGAUCAUCGUGGUGGCGGUUCUGGCUGGCAUCCUGAUGUUGGCACUGCUGGUGUUCCUGCUCUGGAAGGAAACGCUGACAUGGCAAAUCUGCUGCUGCUGCUGCUGUGGUCAACAAACUGAUUUAAAGGAAUGCAUCCCAUAAUGUACACGUGCUUAUCGCAACGCUGGACAGGCAUGAUAUUUGUAUGUGUCUUUUUCCACUUUUCUAAUCAGCGUUUUUUUGUUCUUUAAAACGAUUGCUCUAUCCUGUUCAAACCUGUCAAGUGUUUUUGUAACACGACUGUGUGCUGUGAAUGUGCCCUGUUUUUCUAGGCUAAUGCUUUCCUGGCUUGGUUGUGCUGAAAUGUAUUCUGGAAUAGUACCUACAUUUGAAGCUUGCUUUCGCUCAAACAUGCAAUGUUUAGCUAUAUUUUUACGAGAGCCAGGCUUGAUUGAUACCUCAUUUGUAACUAUGCGGUUUU